CAUCUUGCUCGUGUGAAGAGCCGUCCUGGUGAGGUUCCGAGUCGCUGGGGUUGGGGGAGGUGCGCGUCUGCUCCUCGUCGCUGCGGCUAGCGGGCAUGGCGCGGACCUAGGAUUCUGUAAUAUAAUGGUGUUAGAGGAUGGUUGCGAUAGCAAGAAAAGGUGGGGUGCGCCGACGGAGAUGGCAGGCGGGGGCAGCGCAGUGGGUGGAGGUUGAAGAUCAAGGUCAAGUGGGCACGUCGAUGUCGCGGGUGGUUAGUCAGCGGGCUUGGCGUUUUGUUCACGUGACAGCUCGCGGGUGGGAGGAACGAACGUAUCGCAGAACUCGACGAACGACACCAGGCUGCAGUUCUCACCAUCGACUUCGCCUCACGCCUCUCUUCCCGCGCCUCGCCCGUGCAUGGCCGUCCAUUUCUCUUGCGGGCCGGAUUCGCUCGGCCCUCAGCGCAGGCCUGAAGCACAACCCGGACUGCAGCGAUGGAGGAGGCCGCUCCCCUCCCAUAUUCGCCGUGGCGCCUUCAGCACGAGCAGCGACUGCACAGCCGACGCUGAAUCGACGUCGUGCAGCAUCAACAAGCACUCCUCCAGCAGUCUCGCAGCGGUGGGCGGCGGCGCUCAUUUGGCCGGUCGAAGCUGGGACGGUACGCUACGUCGAAGGCAGGCCUCGAAGGACCCGAGACGCGGCGCAGACUGAUGUACGGCUGCGUCCUUAGCAGGCCCAUUAUCCGCUAGCAUGCGCAUAAAGUGGUAAGCUGCAUGUCUGGGAAACCGACUGCAGGGCCUGGGGUGCCGUCGACAUGCACGCAAGACCAGACGAGGCGUUGCAGGGGCCGUGGAUAAGGAUAAGCCCUGGACGAGAGCAGCUCAUCGCUCCGCUCAACGGCUGCUGCGAGCGCUCGUCCCGAAGGGCUUGACGCCGCUUUAGGGCCCGCCAACGACCUCGUCACUUCAUCACACGGCAACCUCAAGCACCGGCCGUCCCGUUGACUUCUGACAGCGUCGCCUGCAGCAAUCUAGGGCCGGCAGCCGCGACGCCUC